AUGCAAAGACCAAAUUGGGGCGCUUCCCUUUUGUCACCUGCUGACUCGCAUCGUUGUUAUUCUUCAACUUCUGUUCCAGAAGUCAUCGAAGGGACAAGACAAAUUCAAUUCUGGGGACAUGAGACGGAACCUUUUGGUACUCUAAACAUUGAUACUCCCUUUCAUGUGGUGAUCAAACCUCUGAAUCCUGAGAAAUAUCCAGAGAUGAAUCGGGCUUUUGUGAGACUCUUUGCCCCUGGUGGAGAAGAGGAUGAGGGCCAAGAGAACUCCACACUCUCCCAUUGGUCAGACCUUUACACAAUGGAGACCAGCUUUGUUAAAGAUCAGCUGACCCUGACCGGAAAAAUACCAAAGGAUAUUUUUGGCGACUGUCCCCCUCAAAUCACUUGCCUUGUUGAAAUUCCCAUUAAAUUUAAUGUUAAUGUGAAGGUUGAAGGGCAAGCCAAUGUGUCACUUUCAGACAUGGAAAGUGAUGAUAUUUUUAUUAGAUGUCAACAUGGAAAUUGCCAAUUGAAAAAUGUAAAGUCAGGAAAAAUUGAUGUUUACUGUGAAACUGGCUCCCUUGAAAGUUCUGGUUUUCUGCAAGGAAAUAUCCGAUUGGGCUGUGGAAAUGAUGGAAUGAUCAAGGCUCAAAGACUGCAGGGUCAAAACAUUAGUUGUCGAACUGUCAGCGGUAAUAUGGACAUUGCCGAUAUAUAUGCUUCUGAGACGAUGAUUACAGCUAGUGAAAAAACUAUACUAAACUUGGGUUCUUGCCAUGGGAAGGCUUUGAUUAAUAUAAAUUCUGGAAACAUUAACAUAAAGUCUGUAGAAGGAAACCUCGAAGCCAUAACACAGAUGGGUGAGGUUCAUGUUGCGUUGACCAACACCAAAAAAAAGGUUUAUGUUUGCUCCAAAAGAGGUGAUGUUUCUAUUGGUCUUCCUAAACCUGCUGAUAUGGAUUUGGACUUAUUAGCUGCUGGUAUUCAACUAACAAAAGACUUUACCUACUUGGUAAACAGUUUGGUUGAAACAACAGAUCAAGCACAAUUGUUACUGAUGGCACUUGAAGAAACUGUUGGUGAGAAAGGUGGCAGCAAAGUGACAGGUGAUGCCAAAGUAGGAAUCCUAACAAUAAAGUACCAGGAUUGGCUGUCUUCAAUUGGAUUGAGUGCAGAUGAUAAUGACAAAUAA